UGUGGCGUUUUCGGCACGCUCGAAUAACCGGCUGGCAGCUAUUACGCUCAUGUCGGCUCGGCCGCCCGGACCAGCUGCAGUCAUUUGCCUUCGACAAUUGCAACAUUGCAUCAUCAUCUGGCCACUUGAAAUGUGCAGCUCCAGUGCGCUGUCUGACUUUACUCUCAUCGAGGGGUACAAAUAAGCACGAUGGGGAUAUUCCACGUAGCUGGAUGGAGGCACUACAUCCCUCUUCGCGUGUUGCCAGCAGAUAUUGGUGGCAAUCACGUUCUGGAGCGAGUUGGAGCAGCGUACUUGAAGCAUUCAGAGCGGGCGGUCUGGUUAUAUCCAGCCUUGUCUUGCUUCGCCUUGUUCUUGGCCUGGACAGAUCUGAUGAACGGCAGAAGGUUGGAGAGGGCAGAUUUGUUGGAAGUGGCGUCCUCCAUCGGCUCUUCUCACCGGCCUCAAAAUUUUAUAUGAAACAAAAUCGAAAUCCAAAGAAUUCAUCUUCGACAUCAUUGAAGUUGACUUUGGGUCUUGAAGCUGCUUCGGUCAAAUUCCAUUCAAAACUAAAUGAAUGUACAGCUAUGGCUUUAAAUGGACUUGGAUUGCAGCAGGCAGCCAGUGGGGAUAAUGAUGGCAAGGCAUUUGAAUUGUUUUGUCAAGCAAGUGAACAUGAUUAUGCUCCUGCUCAGUUUAAUGUUGGUCUUUGUUAUGAAAGGGGUCGUGGUGUUGGGAGAGAUUUGAAGCAGGCAGCAGGAUGGUAUGCUAAAGCAGCUGCACUAGGUCACGCCAAGGCACAGUUCAAUCUCGGAGUUUUAUGCUACGAAGGUGUUGAAGGAAUUGAUCGAGAUGUGACUAAAGCUGUGACAUUACUUGAGCAAUCGGCUAAGCAAGGACUCGAACAAGCUCAGCUGUAUUUAGGCCUGUGCUACUCGAAUAGUAAGCAUAUGCCGCAGGAUCUGGAGCGGUCUGCUAAACUUUUGAAAGCAGCCGCUCAACGGGAAAAUCCGGUUGCGCAGUUCAAUCUUGGUGUUUGUUAUGAACAUGGACAUGGUAUUAGAAAGGAUGAGACAGAGGCAGCAAUGCUUUACAGCUUAGCUGCAAAGCGUGGUCACUCGACUGCACAAUACAAUCUAGGCGUCUUCUACGAAAAAGGCCAAGGAGGUCUGACUGUUGAUAUGAAAGCUGCCAGUUAUUGGUAUGAGAUGGCUGCACGUAGUGGUUGCGAGAAAGCCAGAGAAAGAUUGACGUCUGUGACAGAGGUCUCUUCCACGACUGAGAUAAAAACCGAAGUGUUAGGAAACGAAUGCCUUACAAGAUAUGAUUCAAUGUCCAUGCCACUGAUGAUGGCUAUCGUUCAUUGA